AUGGAGUUGGACAUCGACUCAAGAGAGGGCUUGACACAAUUCUCCGAGGCAUGUCUCUGGCUCGGUAAGAGUCUCACCUUCAGCGAGAAAAGCCUAAGGAGGCUGCGUAAACUGCACGACAUUGCCAAGCAACUGGACCACACACGAGGGAGCUCCUCUCUGUGGGACGAGAUCUGGGGUUUCGCCGGUGCCAACGACGACAUGCUGCAACGUUCGACGAGCGGAAUCCAAGCAGCGGUGUUGUCGCUCCAGGACCAGCUAGCCAGCCGCGUUGCCUACUUCGAGUGGGAGAUGCGAUGGGCAGCCGUAAAUCUACGACUCGUAACCGCCCGAAUGCGACGAACCGAGCCGUGCCUUGCCAACCGGGACGGCAAUACGAUGGUGUCGAUCGCCUACACCACCAUGUUCUUCCUCCCAGCCACCUUUCUCGCUGCCGUGUUCGACAUGGAAGCCGCAAUGGACCUGAUGAAGACCGACUUCGGCCUGUACAGGAAACCGGCGGUACCAGUGACGGCGCUGGUGCUCCUGUUCUGGGAUGUAACAAGGGACAGGGUGAUAUCAGCGUAG